AAUAAAUUAUGGAAUGCAAUUUGAUAAUAAUUGGAGAUCAAAAAGUAGGAAAGUCCUCCAUUUUGUUAAGGUUUUUCUAUGAUUAUAUACUAAUAUAGGUUGUCCGUAAACUAAUUUUCUGAUUAGUAUGAACCAACUAUUUGGGCUACUGUCAAAAAAAAGAUCGACAUUAAUAGCAUCUCAAUCAAUUUGAAUUUCACAGAUAUCUGUUGUCAAGAACAUUAUUUAUCAAUUAGGAAAAACUCUUACAUUAACAAGGAUAUCAUUAUAAUUGUUUUUGAUAUCAAUUAGAUUGCAAGUUUCCAUAAUGUUUUAUAACAUGUAAUAUAUAUACUAAUCAUAAUAAUUAGUGGAACUAAGAGACUUGUCAACUUAAGAAUAUAAAAAAGAUAAUUAUAGCGAAUAAAAUAGAUCUGAGAGAAAAUGAUGAGUAGAUUGAAGAUUAUAAAUUAUAAGUAGAUUAUAUCUUAGCUUAAGGUUAAAGAAUCAUUCAAAGAUUGCCAUUUUUUCUCCUGUUCAGCCAAAACUGGAGAAAACAUAGAUGAGGUCUUCAAAGAAAUAGCGAAAAUCUUAGUAGAAUCAUUACCAAAGAAGAAAGAGGAGCAAUUACAUAGAGAAGAAUUUUGUUCUUGUUUAAUAUUUUGA